GCGGACGAGUCUCAGGCCUGUCGUGGAUAGGAAAAAUGAGUUCUUGUUCCCUGCGACGAGCAAGCAUCAUGGUGCUGGGAUGACCGCACGCUUCAACGGGUCUGCAUCUUCAACAUCCACUUCGACCAGCGCAGGAGGCCGUGAGGAUGAGCAACGUGAUGAUCGUCCCUCGAGUUCUUUGCUAGAACAGAUCCAGGCCUUGCUCGCAUGGCAGCAGCCGCGGUCUUUUGCUACUACUAGUACAACACCAAUCCCACGUCAGUCUUGGGAAGUGACCACGGAGGUAUUUGAGCAAGGGCAGCCGGGUUACAGCCGACAUCCGACGGGCGAGAACAAAGGUGAAAAAGUUGUCGUCCCACUGCAGAAAAUUGAUCUGCUGGUCGAGGACGUGCUGGUGUCACGAACCGCGACCAGAAAUAGAACGACAAGCGACUACACCGCUGGCACUGGAAAUCUUCAUCCUCGUCGGAGGCAGCAGGAUCAUGCUGAUCUUCUUGAUGGUGCAGUUGAAGCAGGAGCAGAACGAAGUAAACACGACGAUGCUUUCGAUCUGCUCCGCACCAAGUUGCUCACCAUGUUGCAGAAGCAGAUCUGGCAGUCCAGUUUCCGCUUG